AUGUCUAACACGAGCUUCGCAACCAUCAAAGCCGAGGACAAUGCCAUCUACAGCAAGUUCACCGUGAAGGGCGCGAUGUGGAACAACCCCGCCGACCACGACGAAGGUUCCGUCCCGAUCACCUUCAACGCCAACUCGGACGUCGCUGUCCCCAAGUUCUACUCUGCGGACAAGUCCCUCACCCUCCUCUACGACACCUUCACUGCCGGGUACGACACGUUCCGUGGCAACAUCGGCGGCGGCAAGAUCUUCUUCAAGACCGGGAAGGGCAUCACUAUCAAGGGCGAUGUCACGGGUGGCCCGGCUGAGGGACAGAACUUUGUCGGCUCUGGCACCUGGAUCCAAGCGUGA